AUGGAUCACAAACUGGACCGAAGACGCACUCCAGCCAUAUGGAACAUUGUCCUUUUGGGAAUGUCUGGGAGUGGAAAGAGUGCGAGUGGGAACAGCAUCCUCAGAGAGAAACGCUUCAUAUCUAGACCCAGCUCCAAGCCGAUCACCUCAGAGUGCCAAGUGGCAGAAACUAAAGUGAAUGAUUUCCAUGUAUGUGUGAUCGAUACUCCUGACAUCUUUGAUGAUGACAUUGCACCGUCAGUUAGGGACAAACAUGUAAAAAAGUGCAAACAGCUUUGUGAGUCAGGACCUUGUGUGUAUGUACUUGUGAUGCAAGCAAGCAGAUUUACAAAUGGUGAGAGAAACAUAAUAGAAAAGCUAGAAAAAGCUUUUGCAAGCAAAGUUAAAGAACAAACAAUUAUCCUGUUCACCAGAGGAGAUGACCUGCGGCAGGCAGAAAUGAAGUUUGAGGAUUUCCUACGUACCUGUCAACCUGAGCUGAAAGCAAUAAUUCAGAAAUGUGACAACAGGUGUGUUCUCUUUGAGAACAGCAGGCAAAAUGACAGUCAGGUACAGAAGCUACUGGAGACAGGGAUGAACCUAAUCCAAAACCAGCAGACGUUCCUGUAUUAG